GCCGGACGCCGGAGGAGGCGAGGGGGGAAGCGCCGCGGCCUCCUCCUCCUCCUCGGCCGCCAUCGUCGCGUGAGGCGGGGGGGGGGUCGGACGAGCCCCGAUGCCGGGGGGGACGGAGGAGUCGCGACCCCCGGAGCAGCAGCAGCAGCAGCAGGAAGAAGAAGAGCGGGCGGAAGCGGCUCCGGAGCAGCCGGCGGAGGCCUCGUCGGCGGGCGGAGGAGGGGCCGGCAGCCGGGUGCUGAGGGGAGGCCGGGAGCGGGGCCGGGCCGCCGCCGCCGCCGCCGCCGAGGCCGCCGUGUCCCGCCGGAGGAAGGCCGAGUAUCCUCGUCGGCGGAGGAGCAGCCCCGGGGCCAGGCCUCCGGACGACGCCCAGCAGCCCGCGACUCCCGCCCAGGGAAAAAAGGCCGCCGCCGGCAGAGUCCUUUACGCGGAAAAAGUCGUGACAGCUGGUAAAGAUCCCAAGGAGGAGAAAGAGGAGGAAGAAGACCCCCCCGCCGCCUGUCCGGAAGCCCCCGCUGCAGCCCCUCGGCCUAGCCGGGGCUGGCGCAGCAGUAGCAGGACAGCUGUCACCCGCCAGCGGGACCCAGAGAAUACCCGCAGUUCCAGAUCCAAGACCGGCUCCCUGCAGCUCGUCUGCAAGUCGGAACCCAACACAGACCAGCUUGAAUACGAGGUCACCGAAGAGCAUCACUCUCCUCCUGGAAUAAGUAGUGAUGAAGAGGAGGAAGAAGAGGAGAUGUUCAUCAGUGAAGAGGAGAUACCCUUUAAAGAUGACCCCAGAGAUGAAACCUAUAAACCCCACUUAGAAAGGGAAGCCCCAAAGCCGCGGCGGAAAUCAGGGAAGGUGAAAGAAGAGAAGGAGAAGAAGGAAAUUAAAGUAGAGGUGGAGGUGAAAGAAGAGAAUGAAUUUCGAGAGGACGAGGAGCCGCCCAGAAAGAGGGGGAGGAGACGGAAAGAUGAUAAGAGCCCCCGGUUGCCCAAGAGGAGGAAGAAGCCGCCGAUCCAGUACGUCCGCUGUGAGAUGGAAGGCUGCGGGACCGUUCUCGCCCACCCACGCUAUCUACAGCACCACAUCAAAUACCAGCAUUUGCUGAAAAAGAAGUACGUGUGCCCCCAUCCUUCUUGUGGACGACUGUUCCGGCUCCAGAAGCAGCUGCUGCGGCAUGCCAAACAUCACACAGAUCAAAGGGAUUACAUCUGUGAAUACUGCGCCCGGGCCUUCAAGAGCUCCCACAAUCUGGCCGUGCACCGGAUGAUCCACACGGGCGAGAAGCCGUUACAGUGCGAGAUCUGCGGGUUCACCUGCCGGCAGAAGGCUUCUCUCAACUGGCACAUGAAGAAGCACGACGCAGACUCCUUCUACCAGUUCUCUUGCAAUAUCUGCGGCAAGAAGUUUGAGAAGAAGGACAGUGUGGUGGCCCACAAGGCCAAGAGUCACCCCGAGGUGCUGAUCGCCGAAGCCCUGGCUGCCAACGCCGGGGCCCUCAUCACCAGCACGGAUAUCCUGGGCGCCCCCCAAGAGCCCUUGGCCCCGCCCACCGACGCUCAGGGCCUCCCUCUGCUUCCGGAGCCCCUGGGGACCCCGGCCCCCGGGGAGUGCCUCCUGCUGAACCCCGACGGGAUGCCCAAGGCCUACUGCGCCGGGGCGGAGCGGGUCAACCUGAUGGCGGACGGGAAGAUCUUCGUCGGGGCCGGCGGGGGCGGCGGCGGGGGGAGCGGCGGGGACGCCGACGGGCUGGUCAUGAACACAGAGAUCCUGGGGGCCACCACGGAGGUUCUCAUCGAAGACUCGGACUCCGCCGGACCUUAGCGGACAGGGAAGGCAGGGGCGUCGGGACAGCUCGGACUUUGUAUUUAAAAGGGAAAAAAGGAAAAAAAAUUCAAAAGUUAAACAGAUUUAAAUACUAGUACAAAAAUAACCGAAGGGCCUACCUGCUCCUCCUCCUCCGCAGGAUCGCAGCGCGCGCCGCCCCCCACCCCCCCCACCCCCCGCCGCCCAAUCCAUCCAUUCACCUAGCGUCCCCUCGACGGACAGUGACGCCGCCUUCCCCAGAGACGGGAUAAAACGCAGCUCUCGAAGCAGAGUACGGGAGACCUCGCACCCAACCCGAGCGGGUGGCCUUCCUGCUCUUUGGCCGAUCCCCUCGCCCAAACCCUCCUGUUGGUAUGCUCUGAACUGGCUUCUCAUUUCCGAAACCAGAUUCCUCUCUUUCCCGCCUCCCUCCUUCCCCUUUCUCCCCCCAGGGGCCCUCCCACUGAGGCCCCCCACCCCCCCAGUUCUCUGGCUUUUCUCCAUGGCUGCACUGUUCUCCAGGUCUUAGAUUUUUCCUCCAGGGGCUGGGAGCUUGACUUGGCACUUUAGGGCCCCUCAGCAGGGUGAGCUGUUAAACAGCCCCGGACCCUCGCUUCCCCCUCCCCUCCUCCCCCAGGUUUCUGAAAGGAAGGCUGCCCGGGAAUCCCUCCACCUCCACGUGGCUCUCAGUGGUGCUCGCUCGCCGGGGCGUGGGUUUCCCCGGUGAGGGGGGCGACGAGGAGGGGACGGGGCGGUCCUCCGCACGCCUUCCCUCCGUCUCUAAGACGGACCGCCCCCUGUAUCGGAGAGGUGACCGCGAGCGUCCCAGACUAAUGACGGUAAUUUGCACUUUGAACAUGUGUGUUUUUGUGUUGCGGAAAUGAGAUUCCUUAUUUAUUGAUGAAAGGUCUGGCUUUUUUUUUUUUUUCCUUUUUGUUGUAUCUUGAUGAGGCCGAGGAAGUUGGAGACUCCUGAACUGGGGUCCUGCCCGCCGGGGGUAUUUUUGGAGUCACCAGGGUCCGGGCGUAGCCAGCCUUUCCCCAACCCGGCCCUCCCAUCGCUUGGAGGGAGAGCUGGUCUUCAGUGCUAAGAGAAUCACUACAGUAGCCUAGCAGUCGUUUUGGAAACGUUUUCAGGGAAGGGGUUAAAAAAAAAAACUAAAAAGAAACUAGGGCUUCUCUGAGUUUUUAGAGCAAUGAGGUUUAGGUUUUCGAAGAGACCGAGAGGAUUGAUUCAGAAUCCGUACUUCAGAAGCAGUUAGGAAUUUCGCUUGCGUCGGCUUCCCCGACGCUCCGCCUUCUCCCGGCCUCGCACGCCCAACUCUUGCUUUUUGUGACCUCUGUUUUUCUCACUGGCUCAUUCCAACUCCCCGUGGCAGGAUGGUGUCAUCGAGGAGGGAGCAUCGUCCUCAGGUGAAUCGACAUCCCCGACAUUUUUAUAGCGUUGAUCGUCCGGGAGCCGCCCGCUGCUUUGAACCUUCUCCCCGUCUUCAAAGAUAAGGCUACCUACCGGGUCAGAGGUGCUGGGCCGCGGAGGGUGCACCGUUCAGCUCACGCACGAACCGAAACAGCGUGUGGGGGCUUUCUGGAUGCCCCCUCCCCUCCCCCAAGCCAAGGCAUACGUGGCUGCGGUGGACUGCAUCCGGUGGGGAAGGAUUGGUCGUCCCUUACUUUAGGAAGCCUGGUAACCCCUCAAAGACGCUGGCCCGUUCAGCCCCAGUUUUAGGGACACGGGGAGAGCGAGCGUCCUUGAGAGACCCUUGGUCGGGUGCAUCGGCGUCGGAGUUUCAAAGAUCGCCGUGUCCGUUGUCGCAAAACGCGGUGUGGCGUCUGUCGGGGGCCGGGGGGAAGGGGAGCCUCGUUGGAAAAGGUGAGGAACGGCCCGUUUUUCUCAUGAACACUAAAAAGGCAAAGUCUGUUUUCUAGUAAAGAGAUUUUUUUUUUCCCCUCUUCAAAGGGUGGCACUAAAAUGUCAUCUCCGAGAAGCAGCUUACGUUACACCUCCCGGCGCCGGCACUAGGCUGCCAGAGAAUGGGGUGGGGAGAGCGCACAGUGCAGUCUCAGAUAUCCUGUGGUUUCUUUCCAGAGUGAUGCCUUCCCUUUUCAGCGUGUUGGGGGGGUGGGGAGGGAUAGAAAGUGAAACGGGAAGGGGGCGGGAGUGCCGUGGAACGAGCUCUCCCUCCACCAGUCUAGCCGGGGAGGGGGCGUUGGCUCGGAAUGCUGGCGGCCCUGGAAAUACCACAAGAAGCGAACGGCGGGGUCAGCGGCCAAGUCUCCACCACCCCCGCCAGUGGCCGUUCCGUCCUCUGGCCGUGCAGCCGUUCCGCCAGCCCCUUUGCCAUCCACGUGCCUCUCUUACCCUUUGCUUUUUCCUCUUUUCACUUUGCUCCCAGCGGUUGAUACUUCAGCAGAUAUCUCUGCCACCUAGCCAGAAGGGGGGAAGUGAGGUACGCUCAUCCCCACCUCCCAGGACAGGGAAAGAUCUGCCUGUGCCCCUCCGAGCGUCCCCAGCAACCGACUAGGCCUGGCGUGUAGGGAUUUCCUGCUCCUUCUCAUUCCCUGCCUCCCUCCCCUCUGCCACUACUCGCAUGCAGUUUGCUUCAAUAAAUUAUUGUAGUAGUUUGCAAUAAACACUUCUUUUUGUAUUUUUCAUGGGCCUUCCCCCCCUCUCCCCCCCGCUUCAGGGGUAAGCGGGCCAAGGGAAGUGAGCAGGGUACGGUGCUGAGACUGGAUUUCCUCUUCACUCAUUAAAGUGGUCAAUCAAACGAACCGAUAACUUGUCCCUUCUCCCCCCUCUGCCUUCCCCUUUUAGUUGCAGCCCGUACUUCAGGUCACCCCCCGGAAGGCCUUCUCGCCCUCGGAUCUGCGGUUCCUAUUUCUGGCCCGGGCACCCGUGAGCCCGCUAAUGGCGACCGUUUCGACUGCAGGUUUCCAACUGUAGAAAUAGGAGAGCCUGGUUAGACUGGGGGUUGGAUUUGGUGCAGUGCGCCGGGAUUUGGGAUGAGACACCACCUCGGCGGGCUUCAGGAAGCGGGUGGAGGAUCGCAGGCGGGGAGGUGCCGGAUUUCGGAGGCGGCAGCCGUUCGCCGAGAGGACGUUCCGUACCGGCCUGGCGUCCCGCUCCCGGGUCAGGGGGCCCUGGUCUUGAAAUCAAAGCGUCCACCCGCCCUCUCUCUUCCUUACUCCAUUCUUUACUCCGUUAAACGACGGGUCUGUUUCAAAGAUUUUAAUUUCUGAAACUAAGCCUCUCUUGCCUGUUGCCGUGUCCAGGGAUCUUCCCUAUUGGGUGGGAGAGACUGGCAGUCCCCUGGACCCUGGUUGAAAAAGUUAUGUUAAAAAAUAAUAAUAAAAGGGAUACUCUGCUUUUCAACUCCGGUUGUUUUCUCUUAAUCUAGGUAAGGCAUAACCAAAAUGUAUAAAGGAAAAAAAAUAAAAGUUGUCUUCGGCGAA